CGAGAUUUUUGAGAUGAGAAAUAGUUUUGCAGUCUUAAUUCUUAAAAAUGUGAACGUUUUUGCGCGCAGUAAAUGCCGGGCAUUCCGAAAGGCUCGCUAUGUUCGUCUUCUCCGUGAUUAUAAGCGUCGAAGUUGCCACCGUCUCCAUUCCCCGGCUUUACCAGCUAAACAGCUCAAGCCACCGAAAUCGCACACAAUGGAGGUUGAUUCAAUUAUUGAUUUCAAAUUGACAACUGCAAGUAAUGCUAUUAAUAUUGUUAUUGUUGGGAAGGCUGGUAAUGGCAAGAGUGCUACUGGCAACAACAUUCUGGGAAGGGAAGCCUUCUUUUCUAAUCUUAGCCCUUCGGGAGUAACUGAACUAGAAAGAGCUAUUCUGAACGAAGGUCGUAUUAUCAAUGCUAUAGACACUCCAGGGUUGUUUGAUUUUUCUACUGAUUUUGAGUCGCACACAAUGGAGGCCAAUCCAAUUAACGAUUGGAAAUCGAAUAUCGCAAGAAAUACUAUUAAUAUUGUCAUUGUUGGGAAGGUUGGUCAAGGCAAGAGUGCAACUGGAAAUAACAUUCUUGGAAGCGAAGUCUUCGAAACUAAGCUUUACCGUUCGAGAGUACCUUGUUGUUGUGAUAUAGAAAGAAUUAUCCGAAAGGAUGGCCGUAUUAUUAAUGUUAUAGACACUCCAGGGUUCAAUUCUUUUUUUAGUUUUGAGCAAAUAAGUGAAGGGAUAAUCGAAGGCAUUAAUUUAGCCAAGGAUGGUAUUCAUGCAGUACUCAUGGUAUUCUCCCUUAGAUCUUCUUUUUCAAUAGAAGAGGAGGCUGCCAUUGAGUGUAUGAAAUCACUUUUUGGGGAUAAGAUUGUUGACUACAUGAUUAUAAUUUUCACUAAUGGAGACAUCCUGGAAUCUACACAGAAAAGCUUGAAGGAUUUUAUUAGCCUUUCUCCAGAACCUUUGAGGAACAUCAUUCAACUAUGCAAGAAUAGAGUAAUCGUUUUUGAUAAUACCACCAAUGAUAUGAUCAAGAGAGAGGAACAAGUAAAUGAGCUGCUCUCUCUUGUUGAGUCUGUUAUUGUGGACAAUGGUGGAAAAUCAUACUCAUAUAAGAUUUUUGCAGAACUCAAGGCUAAAGAACGAGCUGCUCAGUUGGAAGCUGAAGAGCGAGCUGCUCAGUUGGAAGCUGAAGAGCGAGCUGCUCAGCGGGAGGCUGAAAGGCUUAGCCGAUUAGCAGCGCAGGAUGAGAAGAUUCGAAAGCUCACAGAGGAAAUCAAUGAGGAGAGGAAGAAACUUGAGUCCAAGAAGCGUAACGCUAAAUGCAAAAAGUGUUUUUUCCUAUGAAAUGUGGUAUCUUGUCUAUGAAAUAUCUAUAUAGUUUUUUAGGGAAGAAAAACAUAGCAUUUUUCUAUUAAAUAGUUUCGUUUGCAAGCUUUCUACAAACUAUUUGUCAUUUAUCAUUAUUGUUGCUUUGUUUCUAUUACUGUCACUAUCAAGAUAGACACAAUUAGACGGCAAAAAUUUAUAAUGCAAGUUGCUUUUCAUCA